CCAACAGGUAUGGUAAAUGACUCUUGGUAAAAAAUCCCGAUAAAAUGUAAAAAACACAACUUCAAACACAUUUUACCACAGCAGUGUAUUAGUUAAACUCUAGGAAAACACUUUAGUGCACGAACUAUGAAUUUUGUGUCUAAAUGAACCUACUUAUGGAUAAUUUUUCUACGAGACCACACCAAAACAACGACAGCCAUUAAUACGUGGAUGAACUUUUAUCUAACAUUUUGAAUUUGGCUUUGAAGACUUUGGUGAUGCAAAUACGUCUAACAACUGGUCUCUAACUUACUAACUACAAACUGAAAACCAAAAUAUUUAUAUUGUACAUUUAUAUAUAUUUAUAUAUAUAGUGAUUGUUUCAUAACUAAGUAGAUGAAGGGAGGCGACUCCGACGAAACAUACUCUACAACCCCAUUAAACAUUAAAAAACGUCGACGCCGAAAAUCUUCAAGGCCAUCACCGUCGUCGCAAGUUGAGGACAAGAGACAACGUACAAAUAGUGAAAUAAGUUCCGAGUCGGACACAGUCAGCGAGUCAGAACAAUCAGAUUGUAAUUCUAGAGGAAAAGUCGAAAUGAGUAAUCCAUCAGACUUGCUUCCUAAAGUAUCUUUGACUGAAAUUGAUAUAGUUAGGAUAGCCGAAACUGUUAAACAGCUACUGAAAGACGAUAUUGACAAGACCGUCGAGAGGGUUGUAAACGAAAAACAAAAACACCUAAUUGACAAGAUAAACGACAUAGAAGAAAAACAAUGCAAAAUGGAAUCAACCCUUAAAAUAAAAACAAACCAACUAAAUGAGCUGCAUGUAAAAAACACUAAACUACAAGAAAAAGUUGACGAUCUCGAACAGCACAGUAGAAAAGGUCUACUCCGUCUAAGUGGUGUGCCUUUUUCAAGAGGUGAAAAUACUACUGAAAAGGUGAUUGACAUAGUAAAAAGGAUAGGAGUGAACAUUAAAGUUGAUGACAUUAGCGUAAGCCAUCGUACAGGAAAAUUCAAGGAAAAUAAAACUCGCCAAAUCAUUGCAAGGUUCCCAAAGCAUGAUUUAAAAGUCGAAAUUUAAAAAUCGGCCAAGAAACUUAGAGAAAUACCAGGUCUUCAUGAUAUUUGUAUAAACCAAGACUUAACAAAGACGCGAGAUGAAAUAGCAUUCAAAGCUAGAGCGUAUGUGCGCAACCAUAGACUUAAGGCAACAUGGGUGGUUGAUGGAAAGAUCAUGAUUAUUGGGAACGACAACAAAAAACACGCCGUCACACGUAUGUAUGAUCUGAAUGACUAUGUUUACCAAUCCGAUAACUAUACUGAAAUAAACGAGAUUGAAGACAACCAAGAAACAGAAAUGCAGUACGCGUCAAAUGGUCAUGACAGGGUCAGCGAACAACCAGCUAGUGACGUUCCUGUUCAACUUUAUACGAGUGCUCUUGGUACUAAUAAAUGAUCAACCAAUUAAAAACGAUGUAAAAAUAUCACAUUUACAAUUUUCCUAUACAGCGAAAAUUUUAGAUCAAUCAAGCGUACACCUGUACUCAUUUGACUAUUAGUACUUAUGAAAAUGUAUACAUAUUGUUACUUUGAUACAUGUAAAAAAAAAAUUGCCAAAAAUAGUUAUGUCCAACUACAUGUAAUUCAAAGUGUCAUUGUAUUCUACCCCUUAUAUCGAAAUAAGUUGUAUUCCCGUUUCCCUUUGGCUUUUUACUUAA